GUUCUAGGCAGAAAUCGCCUUAUUUUCCAUUGCUCUAUAAGAAUAAAUAUAAUUUAUCGCCACAGAUCUAUAAUGUUUACCUAGCGAAUUGGUCAUACACGAUCGAGAACACAGAGAAUCUAUGUACCAGGAACGAUGGUGCGAGAAACCUAUCAACGUAUGAGAAAUCGAUUUCGGCCUAGGCAACAGAUGCUGCCAGGAGAUACAGGAACCAGCUCAUCAGAUGCCCCCCUCCGCCGCAGUCGCAGAAGGGAAGAGCAGCCGCCUCUCGCCGUCGACCUUCUAAAACACCCCGAGUCAAUCAAUCCCCAACUCCUUUCCCCAUUCUUCUCCAAACUUCCGAGAGAGAUACGCGAAGAGAUAUGGAGCUUAUCUCUCACACGUUACGAGGACUUCAACAGCAUCUAUGAAAUCCAUAGAUCAUUUACUAGGCCAGGCCAAGCCGGCAACUGGCGCAUCGCGGUUCAGCUGCUGCUCACAUGUCGAGCCAUCUAUGUCGAAGCCUUCCUCAAGCCCUUUCUGGUUAACCCCCUAGUAGUUUUUGAUGGCCCCCAUCAAGACAUACCUCCCUCUAACCCACUAAUCCGCUCGUCGACGGAUCUUCUUCUGUGCCAAAAGUUGAAGUAUUGGCAAUUUGCAAAUAUAUCGUCAGUCGAGAUGACCAUGCGACAAUUCCAAUUGGAAGGCGGCGCUGUUGAGCGAGUAUCACGCCUAGUUGGCACGUUGGGGCGCCAUUCGGAACUCGAGAGUCACGGUUACACGAGUGCGGGUUACGCAGCAUUCGUAGAACCCGCGGGUUCCGAUGAUAGCAAUCUCCGGAUUGGCAGAAAAAUUACUAAUUUGACCAUCCGCAUGUUGCGCACCGACUGGUGGACGUGGGAAACGCCACCUGAAGAAUGCAGGAGGAGGCCCUCAGAAAGGCUUCGACUAGAACCAAUGAUCAACGUGACAGACUUGCCUGCCCGGCCGGCCAAUAGUUUGGCUAUGACUAUGGGGUAUGAAGCACGGAAGUCUGGUAACGAACCAGACUUCGAGCUCGACGAUUUCGAGAAGCAGGGGCGCUGGGGCAUGCAGGUUGGGGAGUAUUGGCCGGAUCUGACAACAUUAGAGCUGGUCCUGGAGACAUUCGCAUGCAAACAGGACCAGCUUGAUUAUGUGGCGAAAUGCGCGAGGCUGUGGACAUUUCCGCUACCAGAUGGGUUUCAUUUGGCGUGGAAUGGGAAGGAGGAAGUCUUCACGUGGCAAGGAGCUCAUGAGUAUAGCUAUGAGGGGCCGUACAAUGCUUGGAUCCAAGAGCAGAACGGAGUUCGAGGUCCCGAAACCGAAGUUCCUCCACUCAUACAGUGGUUGCCUGCGGACGUUCGGCCGGUCGAUGGUCAGAUGUUUGUUGUCCGGACGUUAGUUUUUGAACGGAGGAGGGAUCCGGACCGCCCUUCAUAGGCAGUCUAAGUCCUGUUACUCUUGCAAAUAAAUGUGGAAAGCGGGUUUCCCAUCUUUAAGACAUUUUAUUCAUUCAUUCAAGAUAUUAUAUAAUCUGAUAUCGAGCAUAUAGGAAAGGGAUGAGAAUCAUGAUGGAUUGUGGCGUCCAUCAAAUAACAUAACGCGCUUCGAGAUAGUGAUUAAUAGACCAGAAUAUAGGAGAAAAGUUGGAGGAAACGGGAGGCGAGAGCCAAUUAGUUAUCAAGGUUCAAUACGAUUGGAAAUUCCAAGAUUACUUACUAUGUUUAUUAAUCAUAUGUGCACUUUCUAAAUUCUCA